UAAAUAGUUUGAUAAUAAGUAAUAGGAGGAAAUACAGUGAAUCUGUUUUCCCCCAUGCAAACUGUUCUAUUAUCACAAUUAAUGUGGCUUGCAGUAACAGAAACAUCAGCAAAGGUUUUGUCAUUCUCUCUUUAGGUGUCGGCAUGGAUCAUGGUAUCGUUGGCGGUAAGGUGUCCAUUCCACACAGCCGCCCAUACAUGGUCUACAUUCGUGACACACAAACACAUGCAGCAUGUGGUGGAUUUCUGGUAAGGAAAGAUUUUGUGAUGACGGCUGCCCACUGCAAAAAAGAUCAUCUCAUGGUGUAUUUGGGUGUUAAUGACACAAAUCAUUUACCUAAGGGGAUAGAGGUCGACGCCUUUCCACAUGAAGGUUUUGCAAACAUGGCAGGUGAUGACAUCAUGCUACUAAAGCUUAAAACCCCAGCAACUUUAAACAAGAUGGUGAAUAUCAUUGCCCUGCCAGAUACUAAUAAAGAGGAAAUCUCAACUAACUGCAUGGCCAUGGGUUGGGGCUCGCAGAAAUACAAUAAGGAGUCUCUAUCAAGAGUCUUGAAAGAAGUGAACUUGACUCUUUUAGACUCUGAAAAUUGUGCCAGACCCCACACUUUAUGCACUAAGGCAGAAGCCGGGCCAGCACAGGGAGACUCUGGCGGUCCACUUAUUUGUGGAAAUGAAGCAGUGGGCAUUGUGUCUUCCUACAUAACGAAUGAUUUUACAAUCUACCUUACAAUGUAUACUAAAAUCUCUCACUACCUUCCAUGGAUUCAUAAAACCAUGAAUGGAUUUCUUUAAAGCAUCACAAACCAUGGAAGGCAAACUUGGAAAAUAUCAAAAUGUUUGAUAUUAAAGCAUGUUUGAUUUAUGAAAGCUCUUCGUCUGCAAUUUAAUGUACUAGAUUGAAAU